CGGGCCGGGCGCCGCGCUCUGCUGUGCUCGGCGCUGCUCGGCCGGCGGCCGCCCCGGGUAGGAUGCUCCCGCCCCGCGGCCGCGCCCCGCCGCGUGUCCCCCCGGAGGCUCCCGCCCGCGGCUGACACCCCCCCGCCAGCGGUAUGGCCUCGCAGCUGCAGGUGUUCUCCCCGCCGUCAGUGUCGUCGAGCGCCUUCUGCAGUGCCAAGAAGCUGAAGGUGGAGCCCUCCGGCUGGGAUGUUUCGGGGCAGAGCACCAGCGACAAGUAUUAUACCCACGGCAAAAACCUCCCGGCAGCCCCAGGGCAAGCCGGCUCCUCUCACCAGGUAGCCAACUUCACCCUUCCCGCGUACGACCAGACCCUGCUUCUCCCGGCGCCUUCGGUUGAGCACAUCGUGGUGACGGCCGCGGACAGCACGGGCAGCGGCGCGACGACGUCCUUCCAGAGCGGCCAGACCCUGGCGCACCGGAGCAACGUUUCUCUGCUGGAGCCGUACCAAAAAUGUGGGUUAAAAAGGAAAAGUGAAGAGGUCGACAGCAACGGCAGCGUGCAGAUCAUCGAGGAACAUCCACCUCUCAUGCUGCAAAACAGACCUGCGGUGGGUGCCGCGGCCACGACCACCACUGUCACCACCAAGAGCAGCAGUUCCAGUGGUGAGGGGGAUUACCAGCUGGUCCAGCACGAGAUCCUCUGCUCCAUGACAAACAGCUACGAGGUCUUGGAGUUCCUGGGCCGGGGGACGUUCGGGCAGGUGGCAAAAUGCUGGAAGCGUAGCACGAAGGAGAUCGUAGCCAUCAAAAUCCUGAAGAACCACCCUUCCUACGCCCGGCAGGGCCAGAUAGAAGUGAGCAUCCUCUCCCGCUUGAGCAGCGAGAACGCUGACGAGUACAACUUUGUUCGCUCUUACGAGUGCUUUCAACACAAGAAUCACACAUGCCUUGUGUUCGAGAUGCUGGAACAGAACUUAUAUGACUUCUUAAAACAAAACAAGUUUAGUCCUUUGCCCCUGAAAUACAUUCGGCCGAUUCUGCAGCAGGUGGCCACUGCUUUGAUGAAGCUUAAGAGCCUGGGUCUGAUACAUGCUGACUUGAAACCAGAAAACAUCAUGCUGGUGGAUCCUGCGCGCCAGCCUUAUAGAGUGAAGGUCAUUGACUUUGGCUCAGCCAGCCACGUAUCCAAAGCCGUGUGCUCCACUUAUUUGCAGUCACGCUAUUAUAGAGCCCCGGAAAUCAUCCUGGGGUUGCCGUUCUGUGAAGCUAUUGACAUGUGGUCGCUGGGCUGCGUGAUAGCUGAGCUGUUCUUGGGUUGGCCUCUCUACCCAGGAGCAUCAGAGUAUGACCAGAUUCGCUAUAUUUCGCAAACUCAAGGCCUACCAGCAGAGUAUCUUCUGAGCGCGGGAACGAAAACAAGCAGGUUUUUUAACAGAGAUCCGAACUUGGGAUACCCACUGUGGAGACUAAAGACUCCAGAGGAACAUGAGUUGGAGACGGGAAUAAAAUCAAAAGAAGCUCGGAAAUACAUAUUCAACUGUUUGGAUGACAUGGCGCAGGUGAAUAUGUCUACAGACUUGGAAGGGACAGACAUGUUGGCAGAGAAGGCUGACCGAAGGGAAUACAUUGAUUUGUUAAAGAAAAUGUUGACAAUUGAUGCAGACAAGAGGAUCACUCCGCUGAAGACUUUAAACCAUGCAUUUGUUACGAUGGCCCAUCUACUGGAUUUCCCACACAGCAACCAUGUGAAAUCCUGCUUUCAGAACAUGGAGAUCUGCAAAAGGAGAGUAAAUAUGUAUGAUACAGUGAAUCAAAUCAAGAGCCCGUUCACAACACAUGUGGCUCCUAAUACAAGCACAAACCUUACAAUGAGCUUCAACAACCAGCUCAAUACAGUGCAUAAUCAGGCCAGCGUACUGGCUUCCAGUUCUACCGCUGCUGCUACUCUUUCCCUGGCAAACUCGGACGUCUCGCUGCUAAACUACCAGUCUGCUCUGUACCCAUCGUCUGCAGCUCCUGUUGCAGGAGUGACACAACAGAGCGUUUCCUUACAGCCUGGAACCACGCAGAUCUGCACGCAAACUGAUCCAUUCCAGCAGACGUUCAUUGUUUGUCCCCCUGCUUUUCAGACUGGACUCCAGGCAACCACAAAGCAUUCUGGGUUCCCAGUAAGGAUGGAGAAUGCCGUUCCCAUUGUACCACAGGCACCUGCAGCGCAGCCAUUGCAGAUCCAGUCAGGAGUCCUCACGCAGGGAAGCUGUACACCACUAAUGGUAGCAACUCUUCAUCCUCAAGUAGCCACCAUCACGCCGCAGUAUGCGGUCCCCUUUACUCUGAACUGCGCAGCCGGCCGGCCAGCGCUAGUAGAACAGACGGCUGCAGUACUGCAGGCCUGGCCUGGAGGCACCCAGCAGAUCCUGCUCCCUUCCACCUGGCAGCAGCUUCCAGGAGUUGCUCUGCACAACUCCGUACAGCCCACCGCUGUGAUUCCAGAAACAAUCGGAAGCAACCAGCAGCUGGCAGACUGGAGGAAUGCACAUUCCCAUGGAAACCAGUACAGCACCAUCAUGCAGCAGCCCUCCUUGCUGACCAACCACGUCACCCUCGCCACGACCCAGCCUCUGAAUGUCGGAGUCGCUCACGUUGUCAGGCCGCAGCAGAGCAGCAACGUGCCAGUAAAGAAGAACAAGCAGCCAGCCCAGAGUACAGCAAAGCCCAGUGUGACCCUGGAGGUGAUGCCAUCCCAGGUGUACUCGCUGAUUGGGAGCAGCCCACUUCGCACUGCCUCUUCCUCCUCCAACACGCUCGUUCCGGUGCCAGAGCAGCACCAGCCUAUCGUGAUCCCCGACACUCCCAGCCCGCCUGUCAGCGUCAUCACCAUCCGCAGCGACACCGACGAGGAAGAGGACAGCAAGUACAAGCCUGCCAGCUUGGGCAUGAAGCAACGCUCCAACGUCAUCAGCUAUGUCACUGUUAAUGACUCCCCGGAUUCGGACUCCUCCCUGAACAGCCCGUAUACUGCAGACCCGCUCUCCACGCUCCGGAGUGCGGGAAAUGCACUGGAGCUGCCCAGCAGGGGAGCAGCUGACAGCUCCAGCUCUCGCACCAUCAUCGUGCCUCCUCUGAAGACACAGCUGAAUGACUGCAUUGUGGCCACCCAGGCCUCAGGCAUCCUCAGCAGCACCAGUAAGAGCAAGCCAGUGGCGUCGGUGAGCGGGCAGGUGUCUGGGUGCUGCAUAACGCCGACAGGCUACCGACCACACCGCGUGCUGAACAAUGGCGUGCAGCCACUCAACCUCAGCCAGAACCAGCAGACGACAGUGCUGGCCUCACAAGAGAGAAGCGGGAACCCGGCCCCACGCAGACAGCAAGCCUAUGUUGCCCCGCUCCCGUCGACGAUUUCUCAGGCUCCCUACGCCUUCCAGCACAGCAGCCCGGUGCACCCCCACCUGGCGGCAGCGACAGCCAGCACGCACCUUCCCAGCCAGCCGCACAUGUACACCUACGCGCCCACCACCGCUGCCACGCUGGGCUCCACCAACUCUAUCGCUCAUCUCUUCUCCCCUCAGGGCUCCUCGCGGCACACGACCUAUGCUGCCCACCCUAGCACUCUCGUCCACCAGGUCCCGGUGAGUGUCGGCCCUAGCCUGCUGACAUCUGCAAAUGUCCCGCCUGGCCAGUACCAACACCAGUUUGCUACCCAGUCCUAUAUUGGUGCUUCCCGCGGAUCUGCUAUUUACACUGGAUACCCGCUGAGCCCCACAAAGAUCAGCCAAUACUCGUACCUGUAGCCCCUGCGUUCCCGCUGGUUUGUGGGGCUCAGGUUACUGUUGCUAGCCCCCUUUGGGUACAGCUGUCCUUGGCAAUAGGCCUGCCUGGCUGAAGGAGGAUUUCAGGUGACAUUUCUCUGGUGUUGACUGUGCUAUUGUGGUGACCCCAUGCCUGGUCGUGCUUGAAAGGGUCCCUGACUGGGGGCUUUGGUCACUGACCAGGCAGCACCCUUUGUUACCAGUUAAAGGGGCACUGGCUAAGAUUUUAAGCUUUUACUUUUUAUAGAUGCUUUUAAAAGGUCCCAGUCCCACCUAUUUAAAGCUAUUCUGUUGUUAUGCUAAUCAGAGGGGAAAAGGAAAUCAAUGUCUUUAUAGGCAAAUGCUGAUUUUUUUUAACUCAUAAUUUAUACAAAGACUAGCAGAUUAUAUUUUAGCAGCUUGCACAAAUCCAUAUUGCCACUAAAAAUGUAAUGCACAUUUAUGUCAGUAUGUUGCUAGAGCAGAGUUCAAAAUUGAGUUGAAUAUUUUGCAGUUUGUUCUGUAGUUCACUUGCUCACUAGCAGAUCGCCAUUCCUGCAAAGCCCUUAUAUCUCCCUGUUUGGCCCUACCCGGAGGUUCCAUUUAUUUUCUGCUCGGUAUAAGGGUACGGUAGAGGCAGCUACCUUAUACUAGCACCGUAAUAUUCAGCAAUCAGUUUGACCCCUGACAUGUCUGCUUUGUUUUCCUGGAAAGGCUGUGUUUUGCUAGUGCAGCUGAGUCUUGAUCGCUGCCGAAGCCGUUCAGCUACAUUUUUCAGUUACGUGCAAGAGCCCAUGUGCUUUGCCAGAGCGCGUCUUCUUCUGGUGAGAACGAGUCGCUGUGCUGCGCUGCUCUCCCAAGUUCGAUUUCUCUGGUGCACCAGGCACUGCCCUAGCAUGGAGCCAGAUUCCUUUCCCAGAAGCACAGGGCUUUUCUCUGUUCUAGUUUUCUUUGUCUUUUUCCUUGCAUGAUUCAUUUAGGAGGGAGUCAAACAAUUUGAAAUACGGUGAAACAUCUGUAUCAAUGUGUACAGCUUUUUAUACUCCUGCGAGCAUAUCUUCCUGGGUAUGCCGACAGCUAACUUCAAAGCGCUCUUAUUAAGACUUGUAUACAGUAAGUGCAUGUAGGAAUUGCAAAAAAAAUCCAGAUUUUAAAGUUUAUUACUGAAUUUCAAACUAUUUUAGAAGUUUUGUAUUGGUGGUGUUUUAAUAUUUUACAUAAAAAGAAAUAUGUACAUAUUGAUUAGAAAAAAAUAUAACAAGCAAAACUUCCUGCUAACCCCAAAUGUUCUGUCUUUGUAAUCAAAACGUGUAGUGAUUAUACUUGAACUCCGUACUUAGUGUUUGUCUAAUUCUUUAAACGUUCCUGGGGAUGAAAUUGAUGUAUCCUUUGUAUUUAAACCAAAAUGAAUUGAUACAUGUUGGAAUGUAUGUGAAUUAAUGCAAUCGUUAGAGCUCAUCACUGUAGCACUGAGAGAGAGAAGUGGAGCCUCAUGAGAGACAAGGAUACCUUCUGAUUUGUUUUGCACAGGUAUGUGUGAUGAAGAGUUGUUUGGUGUGUCCCCUUAUUGUAGUGCCUUAAAUGAUGAUGUAGUGUGAAUAGAGUUUACAGUGAGCUUGCCUUAUGAGGGACCAGCAAGCCCCCGUCGAAUUGAAGCAAUUCACUAAGCUUAUCACAGCAAGAAUAGCAGUCUGUUGCAUAGAUGCAGUGUUCUCCGUUUAACGCUAACAUAAACAGCGACGUUUUUGUUGAGAGCGAGGCGCCGGUUCCUUAAAGCUUUUCCUUGAAAUGGCACAUAUACUGUUAGCCGUCUGUCGAUGCAUUCGAAGAGGGUAGUGCCAGGACCGCCUUGGAAUAUUUAGUCUGAUGUUGCGGAAGUGAUGAAGUCUGUGCAAUCGCUUUUUAUUAGAUUCAAGCGCGGCAUUACCUUCCCCCGUGUGACUAGCAGACAUUCCUUGUAAAAUAUUGCUAGCUCGGUGAUAGGAUGUUCAUACCAAAGAGAGCCUGCUGUAAAGCACAUCGCAUAACAAAACCAUUGCAGACUUUUGUAAUGCUACUGCUGUUGGGAAGGUGUAUCAGCCAUCGCACUGGUGUGUGAGGAAGUCCUCGCUUGAGGUAACCGGUGUGGUUUUUAAACGACACUUUGUUUCCUUGACUCCAUCAAACUACGGUUUAUUUCUUGACCUUCAGUAUCUUGUCUCAAUGGCUAGUAAACUGGCUUAAGCCAGUGGUCUUACUGCAGCAAUAAGAGGUUUUGGCGACCUUGAAACCCAGUUUAUGUUCUGUCCGUAUUGAAAACAGGCUAGGUCUCUGCCCGGUUUGUGACAAGAUGGUGUCCAGAGGUGCGUUUUUCAGGUCUGAAAAUCCAUGUUGUUGGGAUAGGAAAAUCUAGGCUGGCCUGGUACUGAGCAGCUGUAGAAGGCUUGGCGUUUUCUACAGGAAAAGGAGUAAGCGCUCUGGAACGACAGCAGCGGUUAGAGACCUCACGGAUCCGGAUUCCUCGUUUAGCGUCGUUGUAGUCACCGCGCUCCUGUAGAUGUGAGGAUAAGCGAGCGAUCUCUGUAUUUCACAUUGUUGGCGUUAACGAUGCUUUGUUGCUGUAACAUGAUCAGCACGUGUUUUACUUGGUGCCAAGCACUUCCUUGUGUUUCCAUGCGACAUGGCUUGUGUGGAGUACUUUCCCUGGAGAUACCUCUUGGAUACAGAGUUGUGCCUUUCCAUCCAAAGGCAGACUGAAUCCAGCACCUGGCUGUGAUGAAAACCUUUUACCCAGUGUCACAGACAGCGCGCUAAGACAGCUUAGUGACAAUCCCUAAAAAGUUCCCCCCAAAAGAUGAAAGAGACGCAGGCCUCUAAAAGAACUGCCCAGCUGUGGGGAAACCGUGGGAGGAAGACAGGGCACGGGCAGGCCUGCGGCGCCAGCCCAGCCUGGUGCAGCUGCUUCCGCUGGCUGCUCUGCCCUGCAGCAGUUGCCCCCGAGUGAAACGGGCCACGUUCCUGCGUUCCCAGCGCAGCUACUGCAGGCUGGGGGCAGCCGGAGAGCACGGUCGCACCACUUGGUGCUACGCUGCGGGAAAGCCCCCCUCCUUUGGAAGGGGUCUCACCGUUUCCCUUAAACAGCUGGAGCCAAAUUUAUCCACUAGGUAUAUUCUGAUCUUUUCCACGGAUUCACCCGUUCUCAUUGGAAAAGGAGGAGUAGAUGGGAAGUGCAUUGAUGAGAUGUGACAGGCCCUGUUUAAAACAAGGCCUUGGCAAUGGCUACAUCAGAUUUACACUGUGAUAUGCGCCGUCAAAAACAAAGGCUGCUCGGGCCAGCCUGCGCACUCCUCCCUGGGUUUCUAGGGCUGGCCCGAAGCGUCUUGCCCGUUCCAGCCUGUCCUAGAGUUUCUGCUCUAAGGACAUGCAUCCUUUCUCCCUGCGCAGAUCCAGCUUGUCUGGGUGCAGAUCAAGGGAAGCAUUAAAGAAAGUAUCUCCUCGCUCUCACGGCUGGUGUGCGCAUUCUCUGUCAAUGAUCGUGCUGUUCCUGAAUAGAAACCAAAGGCUUUCCUGACACUUUGGUUGUAUUCUGGGAAGUCUGCCAUGGGUGGAGCUCGGGAUUCCUCUUCUGAAUGUUCAGUGACUCUGGUCCCACCUGGGUUUAUCCUUUUGAUUCAGACACGGUGUUACGUGGGAGUCGUCCCCACUAGCUGACUUGCAUUCACAGCUGUACUACCCACUGCAGAAGCAACUUCCGAGCUGUCCGGCUUAGCCCCCAGUUGACUGAUGCAGUAGUUUACCUCUGAUUCAGCCAUUUUUUUAGUUCACAAAACUCAAUUGCUUCUAAAUGACAGGAUUGGCACAGCCCUGCUUUCUUUUUUAUUUAAACUUAUGAAUGGUGCCGCAUGUCUACAUGGUUGUUUGUUUGUUGCUAAACUUUAUAUAAUGUGUGAUUUCAGAUUCAGCUUGAAAUAUAUCUAUCUCACUACAUGUAGCAGUACAUUAUAUGUAAUGUUAGUAUUUCUGCUUGAAUCCUUGAUAUUGCAAUGAAAUUCCUACUUUAUUAAAUGUAUUUGAUAUGCUAGUUACAGUGUGAAAUUUAACUUUCUUUUAUGGUUGUGCUCUUCCUUUUUACAAGCCGCUAGAUACAGGUCGUUUCUGACAAUUACUGAUCUAUGUUUGUAUUGCUGAUGUACUUAGGGGAUAUGUAUAAAUCAUUUUAACAAAAGAAAUAGAUAUUUAAAAAUUUAAUACUAACUAUAUGGGAAAAGGGUCCAUUGUGAAAACAUAGUUUAUCUUUGGAUUCAAUGUUUGUCUUUGGUUUUACAAAGUAGCUUGUAUUUUAAGUAUUUUCUACAUAACAUGGUAAAAAUGUAGAACAAUUGCAAUGCAUCAAUAAAAGGGUUAAUUUUC